ACCCCUCUCUCUCUCUCUGACUCAAUUAUAUUAAGACUCUCUCUCUCCAUCUCUUUCUCGAUAUAUACCGUAAAUCCAAUCCAAUUCCCAAUUUUCGAAUCUACCCUUUCUCUCUCUACGAUGGAGCCUUCCUCGAUCUCUCCACCGCCAGCUCCGCCUGCCACCGCCGUCCCCUUCCCCGCCGAACCCAACGACCACCUUCCACCACCCAUUCCCGAACCACCUUCUAACCACCCACCCUACGCCGAGAUGAUAUACACGGCAAUCGAGGCGCUGAAGGAGAAAGACGGUUCUAGCAAGAGGGCAAUAGCGAAGUAUAUUGAGCAAGUGUAUACGCAGCUUCCACCGAAUCACUCAGACUUGUUGACUCAGCACUUGAAUCACUUGAAGAGUAGGGGAUUGCUCCAAAUGGUAAAAAAAUCUUACGCCCUUCCUAGAUCUGUGCCCGUGUCUGUUCCUGGACCUGCACCCACACAAGGGACAUCAGCAGUGCCGGCUGCUGUUGUUGCCAUCACGACGACUCCGAGGCCCAGAGGUCGGCCUCGCAAGGCCCAAAAUCCAGUUCAGAACUCGCCUCUGCCUCAGGACACUGUCAACGUGCAGGUUCAGCAGAAUGCCGAGCCGGUCUGGGCUGCGCUUGGGCUUGCAGACGAGCCCGUGCAAGCGGAAGGCAGUGGCAAGAAGCGAGGUCGUCCGAAGAAGAGUGGCAUCUUAGGAGCGGGCCUGACCAAGAGGGGCCGUCCUCCCGGCUCUGGAAAAAAGCCGGGCCGUCCUCCCAAGGCAACCACAACAGAUGUUUCUGCUUCUGCUGGGCCCAAGAGACGUCCAGGCCGCCCGCCCAAGAAUCAGUCGCAGCCCACUCUCAUUCCCUUUGCUCCGGCUGUAUCUGCCGCUUCCGUGGAUACAGAGCACGUGGCAGCAUCAGCUGAAACUGCGCCGGUUGAUGCUGACGCGGCUCUCGGACCAAGAGCCCGUGGACGGCCGAAGAAAUAUGCUGACGAGAUGAUUGCUGCGGGCCGAGGCAGGGGACGGGGCCGUGGGCGCGGUGGCGGCGGAAGAGGACGAGGGAGAGGGCGUGGUGAAUUGCCUGCACAGCCCAGAAAACCAGGGGCAAGGCCCGUGGGUCGUCCGAAAAAGGGUUCAACUUCUGCUAGUACUUCUCAAAAUGCUGCAAAUGAAGAUCUCAGGAGGAAGCUUGAACACUUUCAAUCAAAAGUCAAGGAAUCUCUUGCAGUGCUUAAGCCUCAUUUUAACCAUGAAAGUCCAGUCACUGCAAUUGCUGCUAUUCAAGAGCUAGAAGUACUGGGAACUAUGGACCUCAAUGUACCACUAAGGGAUGAAACACUUCCACAUCAAGUGGAGCUGCCACCACCACAGCCUCCAGUGCAGCAGCAGCAGCAGCCACCACAGCAGCAGCUGCAGCAGCCACCACAGCAGCCACCACAGCAACACCUAGCACCACAACAACUGCCGCCACAGCCACCGAUAUUUCAGCAAACAUAUCCUCCAUUUCAUCUGCCGCAGUUCCACCAUCACCAGCCUUCGCUGCAGUUCCAGCAACAGCAGCAGCAGCCGCCACAGCCACCGCCACAGCUAUUCCAGCACCAGGCACAGCCUCCUUCCCACCAACAGUUUCAUCCUUAGGAAUCAGGCCCAGGCUAGGAAGAAUUACAUGGUCCUCAAUUUGAUAAUAUGAUGCUAGGAAGAAUUACAUGGUCUUCGAUUUGGUUAUGAACAAUCUGAAACAAGUGUUUUAACAAGGCACAUGAGGGGUAACAUAUUUGUAAAGCGAGUAGGCAGUAGCAGAACUGAUUUUUCGUCAAGUGAAUCGAUUGUCCAUUUAGUUUGUUGUUGUGCACUAUUCUAGAUUGAUCCCUGAAGUAAUUUUUAGAUUUUAGAGUACUGAUAAUUCUGUUAUUGAAGUAAUAUUUGUUUGACUUUGGCAGCUUUAGAUUAUUAGUCAUAUUGUUCAUGUUGGUCUA